CCCCCUCCCGCGACAAAAUCCCCUUAGACCCCCUCCUGCCCCGCCCGCCUCGUCUCGGAGACUCGCCUGCUGGUGGACCGACUACGCACGCGCACUAUUCCCCCCCCCCCCGAUCUUCGGGUUUGUCCGCCGGCCGCGCGCGCGUGUGCGCGCACGCUCGUACUGUCCCUCCCCAUCCCUCUCCUCUCUGGUUGCUUCGGUAUCGGUCGGAGGCAGGGAAGGCCGGUCGUCGGAAGUCGUGUUAUUGGACAACAGACCUCCACUCCUCACCCGUGCCCCCCCCCCUCGCAGGGGACAGGCACAUUAAAAGAUUAUCCCGGACCCGAACAGUGUGUCGAUGGAGCCGCUCUGCCGCUGAAGGGGGAAAAGAGUCGGGAAACCGGGAGAAGGGUUGAAUAUUCCAGUGGGGGAAAAAUCCACCGCCAUCAGUGAGGAACCAUGACUGCACAAGUGACUUUGGAGGAUGCCUUAUCCAACGUUGACCUUCUGGAAGAUUUACCAUUGCCUGAUCAACAGCCUUGUAUUGAACCACCACCUUCAUCACUUUUGUACCAACCAAAUUUCAACACCAACUUUGAAGAUAGAAAUGCAUUUGUUACAGGAAUUGCAAGAUACAUUGAGCAAGCAACAGUUCAUUCCAGCAUGAAUGAAAUGCUAGAGGAGGGGCAGGAAUAUGCUGUUAUGCUGUAUACUUGGAGAAGUUGUUCAAGAGCUAUUCCUCAGGUUAAAUGCAACGAGCAGCCAAAUAGAGUAGAAAUUUAUGAAAAGACAGUGGAAGUUCUUGAGCCAGAGGUCACUAAGCUUAUGAAUUUCAUGUAUUUCCAGCGCAAUGCAAUUGAUCGAUUUUGUAAUGAGGUGAAGCGACUCUGUCAUGCAGAGAGGAGGCGAGAUUUUGUUUCAGAAGCUUAUCUUCUCACACUGGGCAAAUUCAUUAACAUGUUCGCAGUAUUGGAUGAAUUAAAGAACAUGAAAUGCAGUGUGAAAAAUGACCACUCUGCGUACAAACGAGCUGCUCAAUUUCUUCGGAAAAUGUCAGACCCACAAUCUAUACAAGAAUCUCAAAACCUCUCCAUGUUUCUUGCAAAUCAUAACAAAAUUACUCAGUCGCUGCAGCAGCAACUUGAAGUCAUUCCAGGCUAUGAAGAGCUUCUUGCUGACAUUGUAAAUAUUUGCGUUGAUUAUUAUGAGAAUAGAAUGUACCUUACUCCUGGCGAGAAACACAUGCUGCUCAAGGUGAUGGGCUUUGGACUUUACCUUAUGGAUGGAACUGUAAGCAAUAUAUACAAGCUUGAUGCCAAGAAGCGAAUAAACUUGAACAAGAUUGACAAAUUUUUUAAGCAAUUGCAGGUGGUGCCUUUAUUUGGUGACAUGCAGAUCGAGUUGGCCAGGUACAUCAAGACAAGUGCUCAUUAUGAGGAAAACAAAUCAAGAUGGGCCUCCACAUCUUCCAGUAGUAGCCCUCAAUACAACAUUGUGGAACAAAUGAUUCAGAUCCGGGAAGAUCACAUGCGUUUCAUCUCUGAACUGGCUCGCUAUAGCAAUAGUGAGGUAGUAACAGGGUCAGGUCGACAAGAAUCUCAGAAAACUGAUGCUGAAUACCAGAAGCUGUCUGAACUUGCUUUACAGGGCAUGCAACUAUUGUCCCAAUGGAGUGCUCACGUAAUGGAAGUGUACUCUUGGAAACUUGUGCAUCCCACUGAUAAGUACUCUAAUAAAGACUGCCCAGAUAAUGCAGAAGAGUAUGAGAGAGCAACUAGAUAUAAUUACACAAGUGAAGAAAAGUUUGCACUUGUUGAGGUUAUUGCCAUGAUAAAAGGAUUGCAGGUGCUGAUGGGCAGAAUGGAGAGUGUGUUCAAUCAUGCAAUUCGACAUACCAUUUACGCUGCGCUCCAAAACUUUGCUCAGAAAACACUUCGUGAGCCUUUGCGUCAGGCUAUCAAGAAGAAGAAGAAUGUGAUUCAGAGUGUUCUGCAAGCAAUUAGAAAGACUAUUUGUGAUUGGGACGUCGGACAUGAGCCAGCAAAUGAUCCUGCACUCCGAGGAGAGAAAGAUCCGAGAGGAGGCUUUGAGAUCAAAGUUACUCCCCGGGCAGUCGGACCAUCUAGUACCCAGUUGUAUAUGGUGCGCACCAUGGCAGAGUCAUUGCUAUCUGGAGAGCUAGCGAAGCAACUAAAAUCACUGGGACUGGACAAAACACUCAUUGCGAUCAACACUUUUCUGAGGCGGUCCUACAUCUAUCCAACCAUUUUAAAUUUUGGUGAAACUCUUCAGCAUUGCUGUGAUCUGUCUCAGCUUUGGUUCAGAGAAUUCUUCCUUGAACUGACUAUGGGCAGAAGAAUCCAGUUUCCGAUUGAGAUGUCUAUGCCAUGGAUUUUGACUGACCAUAUUUUGGAGACCAAAGAAGCCUCAAUGAUGGAGUAUGUAUUAUAUUCCUUGGACCUUUACAAUGACAGUGCCCAUUAUGCACUGACUAAAUUCAAGAAGCAGUUCCUUUAUGAUGAGAUUGAAGCAGAGGUAAACCUCUGCUUUGACCAAUUUGUAUAUAAAUUGGCUGAUCAAAUAUUUGCUUACUACAAGAUUCUGGCAGGAAGCCUCCUUCUGGACAAACGGCUGCGAGCAGAGUGUAAGAAUCAGGGAGCUAAUAUACCUACACCUCCAUCAAAUAGAUAUGAGACUUUAUUGAAACAAAGACAUGUACAGCUUCUUGGUAGGUCAAUAGACCUGAAUCGGCUGAUCACUCAAAGAAUUUCAGCAGCAAUGUACAAAUCGUUAGAAUUGGCAAUUACACGAUUUGAGAGUGAAGACAUCACCUCUAUUGUGGAACUUGAAGGUCUGUUAGAAGUCAACCGUAUGAGUCACAAGCUGCUAAGUAAAUACUUAACCCUGGACAGUUUUGAUGCCAUGUUCAGGGAAGCCAAUCACAAUGUAUCUGCACCAUAUGGAAGAAUAACUCUCCAUGUUUUCUGGGAGUUGAAUUAUGAUUUCCUUCCAAACUACUGCUACAAUGGUUCCACACAAAGGUUUGUGCGUACUGUGCUGCCCUUCUCUCAAGAGUUUCAAAGAGAUAAACAACCGAAUGCACAGCCUCAGUAUUUAUAUGGAACUAAGGCUCUGAACUUGGCAUACAGCAGCAUUUACAGCAACUACAAAAAUUUUGUGGGCCCUCCACAUUUUAAAGCGAUUUGCAAGCUUCUGGGCUAUCAAGGAAUUGCUGUGGUAAUGGAGGAACUGCUCAAAGUUGUUAAAAGCCUACUACAAGGAACCAUUUUGCAAUAUGUGAAGACUUUAAUGGAAGUGAUGCCUAAAAUCUGCCGUUUACCCAGACAUGAGUAUGGUUCACCAGGAAUUCUGGAAUUCUUUCAUCAUCAGCUGAAAGACAUUGUGGAAUAUGCGGAACUGAAGACUGUGUGUUUUCAAAAUUUACGAGAAGUUGGCAAUGCUGUUCUUUUCUGUCUUCUUAUUGAGCAGAGUCUGUCUCUGGAGGAAGUCUGUGACUUGCUACAUGCUGCACCAUUCCAGAAUAUUUUGCCAAGAAUCCAUGUCAAAGAGGGUGAGCGGCUCGACACAAAGAUGAAGAGACUGGAGGCUAAAUAUGCUGCACUUCAUCUUGUUCCACUGAUAGAACGACUUGGAACACCUCAGCAAGUUGCAAUUGCAAGAGAAGGGGAUCUGCUGACAAAGGAACGGCUGUGUUGUGGUCUCUCCAUGUUUGAAGUGAUUCUGACACGAAUCCGGCAGUUUCUGGAUGAUCCCAUAUGGCGUGGACCUCUUCCGACUAAUGGAGUAAUGCAUGUGGAUGAAUGUGUGGAAUUUCACAGGUUGUGGAGCGCCAUGCAGUUUGUGUACUGUAUUCCAGUGGGAGCACAUGAGUUCACUGUAGAGCAAUGCUUUGGAGAUGGACUGCACUGGGCUGGCUGUAUGAUCAUUACACUGCUUGGGCAGCAACGCCGAUUUGAUGUCCUUGACUUUUGUUAUCAUUUGCUCAAAGUUCAGAAGCAUGAUGGGAAAGAUGAUGUCCUCAAAAAUGUGCCUUUGAAGAAAAUGGUUGACAGAAUUCGCAAAUUCCAAAUUCUCAAUGAUGAGAUCUUUGCUAUCUUGAAUAAGUAUCUGAAGUCAGGUGAUAGUGAGAACGUACCUGUGGAGCACGUCCGCUGUUUCCAGCCACCUAUUCAUCAGUCGUUGGCAAGCUCAUGAGAAAAUUAUACUCUCGGAACAGUUCAAGAAUCCAGGGAUAUUUGUAAUUCUAAAAAUCAUAAUUUUACUGUUCUGAGUGCCUGCAACAUAACUUAGCUGAUACACUGCAUUUUCAUGACGGGAAAUGUUGAAAUUAAACUGCUGGGUGAUUAUUUUUAAGAGGUCAAUGCAUGGUUUGAUGUGGUUGAGGGUUUUUACUGAUGUCACCAAACACUACCAGCAAUAAGUACCAGAGGUUUAAAAUAAAACAAUAAAACUGGCUAUUUUUAGAAUAAAUUUAGUUGCAAAGAUUUCAUGAUAAAUUUAAUGUUAUCAGAUUGUGAUUUUUUUGUAAUGCCAUUGUUAUAAAAAAAUUAACAAUUUUGUUCAAAUCUAUAUAUUUUACUACACCUGCCUGCACUCAUAGUUUACUGGUGCUAUACUAAAAGAUGCCAUUUUUCUAUUCUAUUCCAAUAAUAUUUUUGCUCCUAUUUUUUUCUAGUAUAACUCAUUUACAGUUAACCUCUCCACAGUUUAUAGUUGCAAUAAACUUGAAAGUGAACUUGGUCUUUGUUUGAAAUCUUUGCCCAGUUAUAUGGAAGAAAUAAAUACUACUUCAUCUAA